GCCAGCCCAGAGAGACCAAGCAAAGAAGAAAUGCCUCCAGAUAUGCCGGCAGGGUCCUCCUCGGCCUUUCAGUUUUGCUGUCUGUUGGUUGACAUCUGUUUCCCACGAGACCCUGGGAGGUGCAGGUGCAGGGGCCUGGGGAACAGCUGCAGUUCUCUGGGCUGGGUACCUGCUCCCCAGAGUUUGUGUCCCGGGGCAGAGUGCUCAGCCUUGACCAUGUUUGGGCAUGGAGGCUCGUCUCAGAUGGGAACCAAAGGCUGCUUCCCCGGAGACGGGCGGGCUGGGAGCCCAAACUUCCUGCUGGAGCUCAGGCCGCUUCUUCUGGGCUGGGGGCUGGGAGCCAGGCAGAAAAGCGUCUGUGGGCUACAGACUCGCAGGACCCCGGGGAGACUAAAUGACCGCUGUCCCCGGUGGACAUGGGGAAGAAGCUGGUGACGGCCCAGAAACGGGGAGAGACCCGAGCCCUCUGCCUGGGUGUCGCCAUGGUGGUGUGUGCUGUCAUCGCCUACUACAUCCUGGGCACGACCGUGCUGCCCCUCUACCAGAAAAGCGUGUGGACCCAGGAAUCCACCUGUCACCUGAUUGAGACCAACAUCAGGGACCAGGAGGAGCUGGAAGGCAAGAGGGUGCCCCAGUACCCGUGCCUGUGGGUCAACGUGUCAUCCGUGGGCCGGUGGGCCGUGCUGUACCACACAGAGGACACUCGGGACCAGAACCAGCAGUGCUCCUACAUCCCAGGCAGCCUGGACAACUACCAGACAGCCCGGGCCGACGUGGAGAAAGUUAGAGCCAAGUUCCACGAGCACCAGGUUUUCUACUGCUUCUCCACCACUCGGGAGAACGAGACCAGCGUCUUGUAUCAGCGCCUCUACGGGCCCCAGACCCUCCUCUUCUCCCUCUUCUGGCCCACUUUCCUGCUGACCGGCGGCCUCCUCAUUAUCGUCAUGGUGAAAGUCAACCAGUCCCUCUCCAUCCUGGCGGCCCAGAAGUAGCCCCAUCCACGCCCCAUUCCCGCCCGGCUCCCAGGGGGCUGGAUGGGUCCCUGGGCUGCUCCCCACUCGUCUACCGGUGCCUUCUCCUCCUGCCUUCCCACUUGCCCCCCCAAUUCCCUCUGUCUCCCACCACAUGGGUGGUCUUUGGGAAAUCCCUUUGCUAAGUCAUUUCCUGCUCAAGAAUGUGCGAUGGCUCCUCGGUGCCCAGGGGACUGCAAGGUCAACCAGUGACAGCUCUCCCUCCCCCGUCCCCACUCGACUGACUCAAAUCCAUUUCCUACUGUGUCACUGUCCAUUGCACUGAUGCCAGUGAUUCUUACUUCUGUGCCUGUGUCCCGGCAGUUGGCUCCAAGGCCUGCCGGUCCCACCCAGGAUGCCAUCCCUGGCCCUCCUCAUUUCCUUCUUGGACUUCCAUCCUGAAAACAGUGGCAGCCCCCACCCACAGAGCACAUUAGAAUAUCAUGGAUGACUUGGGGCAAACAUUCUCUGUGUGCCUCAAUUUCCCCACUUGCAAAAUAGGAAUUAAUAAUAACCGUUCCCUUUUAGGGUUGUUGGUAUUAAAUGAGUUAUACUAUAA